AUGGGUGCCACUAAGAGUCUACGCGGAAAGACGGUAUUCGUCACGGGAGGCUCCGGGGGACUGGGCAAAGCGAUAUCCAAGGAACUGGCGUCUAAAGGCGCCCACAUCACGAUCUUUUCGAGAAGACAGGGCGCUCUCGACGAAGCAAGACAAGAGAUUCUCGCGGCUCGCUUGAGCGAGGAUCAGGAAGUCAACGCCGUGUCGCUAGACUUAUCCGAUGCAUCGAAGGUUGAUGAGGCAUUCAGAAGCCAGCCUCUGAUUGCAGAUAUCUUGUACUGUACAGCAGGCGGCAAUCACGCCGAAAACGGAUUUAUCGUAGACAUUGGGGCGCAGCAGAUCGAGAACUGCAUGAAAAACAACUACUAUUCCGCAGCCUAUCCGGCUAAGUCGCUGCUGGACAUAUGGACCGAAGAUGACAAGAAGAAGGGGACCGAUGGGACAACGGGGCCGCGACUCCGCCAGAUCAUUUUCGUCAACAGCGCCGCGGCCUUCCUCGGCAUACCGGGCUCUAUUGCUUACACACCCGCCAAAGCCGCCGUGCGCGCUCUCGCAGAUACCCUGAGGAUGGAAGUCCUCCGGUACAACGGCCCGGCGUCUUCGUACAGCAUUCACUGCGCGUUCCCCGCCGACUUCGUGUCUCCGGGAUUUGUCCUCGAGCAAAAGACGAAGACACCGCUGACCAAGCGCAUUCAGGGGCUCGACCGCCCCUUCGAGGAGCUCGUGGCCCGCUUCCCAACGAGCGAGAAGGUCGCCUCGCUCAUCAUCGCGGCCGUGGGCCGGGGCGACUUCAUCAUCUGCGAGGACUCGUUUGCGGCCUCGGCCCUGUUCACCAACAUGAUCGGGCCCUCGCCAAAGAGGGGGCUCGGCAUCGUCGACUCUCUGCUCGGUCUCCUGGUCGGGUGGUUUGUGUGGCCCGCGCUGAGACGAAAGUGGGAGGGGAUGUGCAGGCAGGAUGGCGAGGAGCUGCGAAAGAGCGCCAAGUGA